CAGAAUGAGCUGGAAAGGUACAGAAUCAGUGAGCUUAGAAGGCGGUUUUUUCAAGAAAACGGUAAGUUGUAAGCAAGUGUGCAUGGCAGUGUUCCCCUUUGAUCGAUGUUUUGCUCGACAGUUUGUCAGUCUCGUGAUUUAAUCCAUGCUCAUUUCUUAGGCUCAAAUUUGCAUGAGUUCUGUGAGCAAGACGUAAAAAGAGUUCGCGAUGACGAUCUUUGGCUUAGCCGGUUUUUACAGGCCCGAAGACAGGAAGUUAAUGACGCAUUACCGGCCUUGGUGAGUUAAAUUACAUCUCUCAGUAAGCUCACUGUAGCUCUUUGGAGAGAAAAAAUUAUAGGGUUAUCGGGAACAGGCUAUUCCCUGCAACCUCCAUCGGUUAUUUUUUUUUUCUUUCACCAGUCUCCCAUCAUAAAGCCACCUUCCCCACCAGCCCUCACCCUCCCCACCCCCCUCCAAAAGCCCCCCUCUCUUGAAAAAGGUCCUGUUUUAGGAGUGGGGUACCAACGGAAAAUAAUGGGUAAAAUUGAAGAGCAGAUCCCACAAAAAUCUGUCAGCUGUUUGUCUGUAGACUGUCAAGUGACUGUUGGCCGCUUGUCUGCCAAACAUCUGCCAUUUGUCAUUGGUCUUGUGUUGCCCGUCUGUCAGUUGUCUGUCGGCAGACUGUUGGUCAAGAGUCUACUGACAAACAGCCAAAAGAUUUUUGGCGCAGCCAUUCUUCAGAUUUACCAGAUGAUGGUAAUUUUGAAACUCUAAUUCUGUUUCAAAGCAAGACAAGUGAUUUUUCUUACCUACCCAAAAUUUGUCUGAAAUGACAGCCAUCUCUUCAGCCCAACCCCCAUCCCCAUAGUAUACUCUGACGACUACUAUUUAGUGGGACGGGUGCAGUGUUCGUGAUGGUUGAAACAGCCUCUGGUGCAGAUUUUGAUGUAUGUUAGUAGCAAAUAUGCUAUGACUAAUAUUUCCAAUGUAUAAAGGAGUCUGCAUUUGCUUCAAAACUGAGAGUCCUCCAUUUAAUCCAACAUUUCAAAACACAGAAUGAAACCCACCCUCUUUCAGUUAAAUAACAUCUGGGCCCAGUUGUUCGAACGCUGAUAAGCGCUUAACCCGGGGUUAAAUUUGACCCUUGUUCUUUUUCUUGUGUUCAAAAGCAUUUUCUCGGAUAAUUUUCUCUGUUAUUUUUGGAGCUUCCAAUCAUCAAAUUGUAGACAAAAAGAAUUAAAACUGAAAUGCUUUAUAAGCUUUCAAAUCUGAAUUCAAAUCUCGCACUAACCCUGGGUUACCUUAACCCAGCUUUGAACAACUCGGCCCUGCUCUCAAACAAGUACAUGACAUCUAACCAUGUAUGGUAUCUAGGCUAACACAUAGUUCCUGCUUUUACAAGGUUGAAUGUGUGAAGUGGAGAAAGUCAUUUGGAGUUAAUGGUAUGAUCAUAAAAAUUUAUCAACAAACAAAUAAUAAAUUAUUACCGCUAUUUCAUAAAAUGAUAUGAACAAAACUCACUCGCUAAAUUAACUUAACUAAGUUAAAGUAAGACUUUAUGACUUGUUAUUUUUGUCAAACAGAACUUACAGAAAGAUCUAUUGACCGUAGACUGUUUGAGGCAGGUUUCCUCUUUCCACAUAACCAAGAUAAAGAUGGCAACACUCUGGGUAACUCAUGUUAUUUUUAAUUUAAUGCUGCUAACUACUUUAUUUUAUUUUAUAUCAUAGGUCAUUAUAUUCUUUAUAUAAUAUAUUCUGUCAAUCGGUCUUUGAAUGAAUUUUUUUCCUUUAGUCAUCUUCACAGGCAAAUUGCACAAGAAAGACCCCCAGCAAUCCUCAGAAACAAAACGAUUUCUUGUUUUUCUCUUAGAAAAGCAUGUGAGUAUGAACCAAUGUGAUCAAGAGUUAUAUUAAACUAUAGUUUCUCCAAUCAUAUGAUUGUCAACUUUGGCUGUUUGAAAUAUUAGUUUUUAGAAGAGUAAUUUAAGGAAUGUCUGGAACAAACCCUGAGUGACUUCUAACAAAAAUGAAUAGAAAUAAUAUUAAUAAUCAGUGGCGAAUCCAGGGAAGGGGCUCCCCUUAUUUUUAGACCAAACUGAGGCCACAAAAUUUUUUCUGAGGGUCUGGAUCUGCCUCUGAUAAUAUUCUUACUUUUGCAGGCGAGAAUGUUUCCAGAACGGAAAAUAACCAUGAUCUUUGACAUGCAACAGACAGGCCUGGCUCAAAUGGUUAGAUUAGCAAUAUAAUGUUACAUGUAUGUUAUGUUAACUUACUCUUUCCAGGAAACUGCACAAUUGGGUAGCUUAUGGAAAGGGUUUUUUUGUUUUGCAGGACAUGGAAUUUGUAAAAUUUAUUAUUAGUUGUUUCAGGGAUUAUUUCCCAAGGACUUUAGGUGAGGAUCAUGUCUUGUCUUUUCCCCACGAAUUUCAAUUAUGUUAAUGUAUUUUCUUUGUUUUUGAACAUGUGACUAAGCUGUAGUUAGUCAGUCACAAAAUUUUGACCCUAAGCAUCGAUGUUUUCGCGUGGAUUUUAUUUUCCCUUUUGUAGUUUGAUAGUUCAGUUUGAUGCCGUUGCAUAAACAAGUUUUUUCAAGUAUUGAGUAUUGUCGAUGUAUUUGUAUUUGCUAGCGAAGGAACGGUGAAAGGAAACAGUGGAUUAAACAAGAUUUAAUGACGCAAGGACUAGAAAUUUGUACCGAGUGUGUGACCUUCUUGCGAAAUACAUCACAAAUCAAGAAAUUUAGUAUUUGUUCUUCUUUGCAUAGUGUUGUGUCAGAUCUAGCUCAUGGUGUGCUCCAUUAUUAAAAGCAAUGUCUACUAGAUGCAAAUUUCAAAAGGUGUUAAUUCAAAUUAUGUUAAGUAAAACCAACAACAUUCUUUUUCCUUCAUCCUUAGCCUUGUUAUUAGUUAUUGAAUUACCAUGGAUUUUAUCAGGUAUGGCUUGUGAAUUUAUACUGCAACGCUUUUCUCAGUGUAUUUUGUUGUAUUCAUUCCAUUUCAUUCAAUUGUUCUAUUUCAGUUUAUUCCAUUCCAUUCUCUUCUGUUCUAUUCUAUUCCAUUCUAUUUUAUCCCAUUCCAUCAUAUUCUUUUUUUAUUCUCUUCCAUUCAAUUUCUUCCAUUCUAGACCAUGUUAUUUUCUUUUUUCUUUUCAUUUAGGUUACUAAGAUUAAUGCUAUGUUAUUUGACUCAUUUUUGUUCUCUAAUCACUUUGCAAACUGUGAAUAUAAUUCAUUAGGUGAAGCGUGCAGCCUAGCUUAUAGAACAAGUAGUCUUGAUGAACAAAAUAUUCCUGUUUUACUGUUUAAAAUGAAGAGUGUUUCCUUCACAGUUGGUAAAGUGUUUUUUUGUGUUUUUUUAAUUUUUUUCAUCAAUAACAGCUGCUUGGAAAAUUAUCAAGUCAUGGUUGAGCCCUGAAGCUGUGAAUAAAAUCAGGUAUGAGCUAACAAUUAAACUUCACCUGAAUCCAUUGAGGUUGGUCAGAUAUCAACUUUCUACAAUUUUAGCUUUCAGACUGGUUUGUCAUCUCCCAGCAAACCCCAUUUCACUCCCCUACAGCAUCUCUCCAUUUCAUGCCCUUGCUACUUGUCCUUAUUCUGUUCCACUUUAACAUGUCCCUAUCUUAUACCCCUGCAGAAUGUCCCUAUUUCAUGUCCCUGCAACAUGUCCCCAUUUCACGUCCUUGCAACAUGUCAUCAUUUCACAUCCCUGUGACAUGUCCUCAUUUUCGUCCCUGCAACAUGUUCCUAUUUGAAUUCAUAUCCUUGCAACAUGGUUCCAUUUCUUACCUCUGCAGCAUGUUCCCAUUUUAUGUCCAUGCUACUUGUCCUUAUUCUGUGCCCCUGCAACAUGCCCCUAUCCCAUGACCCUAGGGCAUGUCCCCAUUUCAUGUCCCUACAACAUCGUUAUUUCACAUCCCUGUAAGAUUUCCUCAUUUUAUCUCCCUGCAACAUUCCCCAUUUCACAUCCUUGCAACGUGUCAUUAUUCCACGUCCCUGAGACAUUUCCUUAUUUUACGUCCCUGCAACAUGUCCCUAUUUCACAUCCUUGCAACUUGGUUCCGUUUCAUUUCCCCUGCAGCAUGUCCCUACUUCAUGUCCUCACUACUUAUCUCAUACCCCUAGAGCAUGUCCUUAUUUCUCAUCCCUGAGACAUCCUUAUUUCACGUCACCUGGCGACAUGUCCUUAUUUCACAUCCUUGUGACAUGUCCUUAUUUUACACCCCUGCAAUGUGUCCCUGUUUCACAUCCUUGCAACAGGUCUCCAUUUUAUGCCCUUGCAACAUGUACCCAUUUCAUGCCCCAGCCCUCAGGGUUGGUGCUAUUGUCCUUUCUUUUCUUGCUGGCUCAGUGAAUUUUAUUAUGAUAAUGACGACAAUAAUUGAAUGUGGACAAUUUAAUAGCAACAGUCUGAGAAAAAACCCCAAGUCAUUUCAACAAGUGAUUCUUUUAUUUAAUUUUGUAACAAUGUAGGUUUUUAAGCAAAGCGGAACUAAAAGAACUUGUAGAUGAAGAUAAACUUCUCACCAGAUUAGGUGGAACUGUGAGUACCAGCAUUUUAGUGAUUCAGCAAAUAAAACUGCAUAGUUUACGUUUUUUUAGUUUCUACCAUCAAUGAGAAGUAAAAUUAUAAUCAAUCUGGACUUAGCUCAUUUGUCAAAAUAACCUCGAGUUCUUAUUUUGUUCUUUUUUUGUUCUUUCAUUGAAGCCCAUAAAAACAAAAUGCGAAGACCAGUGUCCAUCCAUUUUGACCGAAAAUUAUGGAUGUAAUAUUUUCUCUAUCUUGCACGCUCAAAGAAAAAGCCAUCGCAGGUAUCCGCGUUUGAAAAUGAAGGAAGAAAGGGGGAAUUUGGGUGCAUGGAAAUGCAAAGAGUGCCUGGCUGCCCUGCAGGUUUGCUGGGUUAGCCACAAAACUUGCCAAGUGUGAUCCUGUUAUUUUAGCAACAGUCUCUACCCUAUUGGCUCACUGCCAGCAUUAGUGUUGUGUUUCUACUUCCCGACCGUUUAAUUAGCCAUGUGUUUUUAAUUAAAAAUAAUAGAUGUACCAAAGUGAAAGACAUGCAAAAUACUGUUGAACUUUGUUGUACUGAAACUGAAAUGUGAUUUGUAGGAUCCCUAUCAGUAUUCUUAUCCUCCCACCAAAGAAUCUCUUGGAAUUGGAGAUCCAGACAAGUAAGCUCAUACUUAAGUAAUUUAACUGUUACAUUGCUACCUUGCAAGCGGCCCCUCUUUAGCUUUUGUCUUCUUGAGUGAGGAGGAGAAAGGGAUGCUCUGCCCGAACCGCGUCAAGCGUUUGACGUCGCCAAAUCCCGAACUUCUUGACAAGUCAAUCUUGUUUUCACUUGUCAAACUGGUUUUCCGAGUUCGAUCAUCGGGUUAUUGAACUAAACCCGCUGUACCAAGCGAACGGCUAUAUUAGGCCUGGGUUUCAGAACUGUAUCCCAGCAACACACAGCACAGUGGAUGCUCAACAAAGAUCUUACUCGAUUCAUUUACAGUCUUUCUCGAGAACGCCAAAAUCGAGCCAUAAAAGAAAGACUCUGCUAGCAUUGCGCUACUUUGCAGGACUAACCUUUCGGAGAAGGCUUUGUUAAUGACAUGUUUCACUUCUUUUUAACAGUAUAGAGGAGGCUGAAAUUACAAACGGGCCUUUGAACCAAAGUGUGGACUUGGAUGAUGAUAGCAGUGAGGAGUUUUCCAAUCAGAUUGCAUCGCAGUCUGAAUCGCAAUCCGAGCGUGAAGAAGCCCCUGUUCCUUCAUCUAAAACGGUGAGAAUCAGUUCAAUUUUGACUUGACACUGGUUACAUCUCCCUAUAUUGCGAGAUCACUUUAUUGUCGUCAUAUUUACAUAAUAAAGAGAUUAAGAUUAACCUUAACCGCAAACGGCAAACGUCAGAGUAAAGAUGAGAAUUUCUCAGAAUAGAAAGUAAGCCGGUAGAAACAGCCCCGAACGAUUCCUAUGGUUAAAACUGGGAUAAAACAACUUAUUUUUGUGUAGAAGCAGUAAAGAGGAAAACUUGGUCACGUGGUACAAAUAUUCGCGUCCCCUGCCGUUUGGCGUAAACUUGAAUCUUUUAAAAUCUCUCUAAUAUCGCCAAAAGUCGGCAAAUUUGCGUUCCCUGAGUUUGAGCGCUUUUGUGAAAUUUCGCUUCUGUUUGUUGUGUAAUCGUUUAAGUUAAAAUUCAUUUACCAGCCUGUGUUAGCAAAUUUGUAUGUUACACUGUCUGGACGUUUUAACUACUUACUGCUCUCCAAACUCCCUUAGCUACAGAAUUAAGACUGACUUUAUUGUGAUUGGCUGUUUCAACCUCUUUUUUUCUGUUUUACAGCUAUCGAGCCGGAAGGACAGUUAAUUACCGAAAGUCUUGUUGAUUCGUUUCAGGUUACGUUUGAAGAUGCAAAUUCUACAGCAAACUACGGCGUUGAAAACUCGCUUCCUUCAACAAAUAUAAGACAGGUAGCCGUUGCCUACCUCACGUAGUCUCAAUUGUGUUUAACAGUGUUUUUGCUUAAGUUAUCUUGAUAUUAGUAAUUCAGAGGUCGAUCUUGUCGAAAAUUUUCAGGUACAGGUUUUGAAAUUCUGUCAAUUUUUACUGAACUCCUGCUUACGCAUGAUUUAAUUCAUGUUCCUUUAGUAAUUCUUUCGCUUUCCAGCUGAAGCUUGCCGUUCGGACUCUUUCACUUGUCAAAAACGCACGCGACUCUGUUAGCGUUUCAAUCUAAGCUUUCACUUAGGACAGACUCUUUUGUUUUUCCGUUGUUCGUAAUUAUGAUUCUUCCAGAAUCAAACUGACGUUUUGAAAUCUGUUUCUGUUGUAUUUUUUCGUAGAGGGAAACCGCGUCUAAGCCAACGUUACGAGCCGUUCAAUCGCGGUCAUCCCAAAGACGUGCUCCCCCUGAUGGGUUUGUGAACACAUCUAAAUUGCUUCUAAUUACGUAAGUAUGUUAUAUUUCGUGCCCUAGUGUAUGUAGUAAAUACAGUCGUACCUCCCGUAAGCGACCAUCCAAAAUGCAAGAAUUUAGCAGUCGGUUACGAGAGUAGUCGUCGAACCAGAAGGGAUCUACUUUUUAUUUAUUGCACGCAAUUUCAAAGUUUUACUACGUUUACGUAUUACGUGUAGUUCCAUGUAGUUACUGAAAACUCUUCGUAUACUCUAAAUGGCAUAGCAAAGGCACAAACUGCAAAGAGACAACGUCUGAUGCGUCAAUUGGUCGCUUGCGAGAGGUCUAAAAGAAUGGAAAACUGCAUGCAAAACUGUCAGGCUUAAAAGUGGGUCGCGGUCGCUUUUGAGAGGUGUUUCUCUACGAGAAGUUCUAUUAACAUGGCUGCUUUGGUUUGAUUGCAGACCUCCUGAGGAGUUAGUAUUUAUUGGAACGACUUCAACUGGGGAAAUCCUCCAAUCUUUGUCCCUUGCCAAUAACACUGUAUCAUCCGUCGCGUUUAAGGUUUGUUUCUCUUUCGACUCUGUUUGAAAAACUACGAUGAAGAACAUACAGUGAGUCACUGGGUAGAAUAGGAGACGGGUAAAGAGUUUAGACGACUAACUUUUCAGAUUAUCACCUUUCUUCGUCACUCGCAUUUAUUCAGGUCAAGACCACCUCUCCAGAGAGCUAUCGCGUACGCCCCAGCUCUGGCGUCAUCCCCGCCAGCUCAUCCGCUGAAGUCAGCGUCUUUUUGCAACCAGGUAAGAAAACAUUAAAACUUCAAGCUGAAAAAUAUCACUCAAAAACUCUUUCGGUGAUGGUUUCUAGUUCACCACCACGCUGAACGCUAUCAGUAUUACUGAUCCUGACAGUAUGCAGGACGCCUGCCACAUAACGUGUUGCGAAUGCUCAACUUCUCGCCUCUCUUCUCCGCAGAGGCUCCCACUGUGUAUUCCAUUAAAGAUAGUGAAAAUCUAAAAAGCUGGACGGUGGGAAGAGAGAAAAGGAGGGAGCUUCUGUUCCUCUAUUCCCCUUCCCAUCAUCCUCCUCGCGCUUUCUUUUUCUCUCUCCCCAGCCUCCCUACGACACAAAGAGGCCUCUGCGGGGGAGACUAGGUGAGAGAGCCUUCUCUCCGUACCUCAGUGGUAACAGAGCCUGUUUAGUGUCUGAGAAGUCAUAGGCUCAUUUCUUGUCGGUGUCGUUGCUUGUCAAGUAUUUCCUCUCUCUCAUUUAUUUGGUGUUUUUUACGUACGACAGGUCACGCUGCAAGUGUUAUUAGAGAUAAAUUCUUGGUUAUGUCGACCGAGUUGCAGGAAGAAAAAUCCCCAAGUGAACUUGCCGCACUUUGGAGGACGAUACCUAAGGCGAAUAUUGUGGAACACCGGUGAGUCAAUUUAGGAAUUGUAAAAAUAUGCAAUGGAGGCUAGGAAAAAGGACUUCGUCAAGAAAUUAUUAAUCUCCAAAGUUAGCCUGAGCGUCAGGCGUUUCUGGGGGAAAAAAAGGAAAGAUGGGAGCUAAAAAUCUCCUGUCCCCUAGCCCCUUAGGAUUAGGCCUGAUACUCAGGCUAUCCAAAUUUGAAAAACAAACAACCAGGUCGAAGCCUUGGCAAAUGCACUAAAAAACAUGACAGAAGUAGCGUUACAGCUUGAGCAGAAAAAGAGGAAAAAGUAGCCGCUGUUGUAAUUAGGGACACCUUAAACUAAACACGACCGCUAAAAGAAUGUAUUCGAUGAUAGGUGACUAGUUGGCUAUGUAUGAUAGCUUCAUAUUUAAAUGAACUCUCUUGUUUUAUUUCAGACUUCAGUGCCGUUUCGUUGCAUCGAAUUCCCAGUUACAGUAUUCCGAUAUUGUGGACGGUAAACCUGUAACCCUUAGUAUGGCCAUCGAUAGCAUUGAAUCGCUACAAAGACAACUUAAUGACGUUGAGAGGAAGGUGUGUACAUUAACAAUCAAGCAUUUUAUUCUUCAAUUCGCGAGGGACUGGGUCGGUGUUUAUCAAAUUGCACUAUGGGAUUGUUUUGGGGCGCUAGCGCUUCUUUAAUUGGCUGUCUCGAAAAAUAUUAUCAAAAACAGUCACAAAGGGCAAUUCAAUACAACAAGGCCGACCCAGUCCUCCACGUAACCUCAAACUGGCUAAUAAAAACUCUGCAGCUUAACCUCGUUUCCAGGGGGCGGGAAAAAGAGGAUCAGGGGAAGCUGAAUGGUCAGGAAUGUGGUAAACUGACCAUCUUUGAAGAGGUUUCAAAAUUGACGGCCGUCAUAGUUAUAAAAUACGGUUUCAAGUUAUCUCGAAAGUUGAUCUGUGAGUCGAUACUUUUCGCCCCGUGAGUAAGUGUACAGUUGUCAGCAAUAUCGUCAGCUACUGCUUAUAAGCCCUGGGCCUGUACAUCAUCAUAAGGGGUUUUAGGGGCUUAUAAACGGAGGGACUUAUAUCCGAGGGGGUUUGUACAUCUUCGUGAAGGGUUUAUAGGGGGGCUUAUAAAAGGAGGGGAUUAUAUCCGAGGGGGCUUAUAAACGGAAGGGCUUAUAUCCUAGAGGGCUUUUAAACGGAGGGACGUAUAUCCAAGGGAGCUUUUACAUCUUCGUAAGGGGUUUUAGGGGGGCUUAUAAACGGAGGGGAUUAUAUCCGAGGGGGCUUAUAAACGGCGGGACUUAUAUCCAAGGGGGCUUUUAAACGGAGGGACUUAUAUCCAAGGGGGCUUUUAAACGGAGGGACUUGUAUCCGAGGGGGCCUGUACAUCUUCGUAAGGGGUUUUAGGGGUGGCUAAUACCCAAUGGAGCCUGUAACCGGAGUAAGAAAAGCGCUUCGAAUCAAGCUAUAGCAGUGCUGAUCAAAAUACGUUCUUUAUUUCUGACUGGUUUUUAAUACUGAGCUUCAAAACGUCAGAGCAACUCGAAUGUACUGUAAGGUCCUUUAAUACAAGCUAGAGCCAAGAGGGGGGCUUAUAAUCGGGUGUACUUUUUGUUUACUGGUACAUUGGCCUACACCUGGGGGCGGGGGGGUGGUGGUAUAAGCGGUAUUAAAUUGACGGUAUACGUCUUCUUCGUUACGUUAUUUCGCUCCCGCCUUCGGUCUUUACGUAUUGUUAGUGCUAUUUUAAGGAUGCAUUUUCUCUCUUGCAGCUUGACGCAACCAGCAAGAAAAUUUCACACAUAGAGGAAGGCCUUCACGUGUUUAUCAAAGUUCAGCUGGGACUGUUUUCAGCCAUGAUAGUAUUAUUCGCUAUUGUGAUGUACUUUGCCACGUACUUAAUGUAG